GCGAUGGCGGCGCGGUGCGUCCGUGCGGGGCUCGGGGCGAUGCGGCCACGCGGGACGGGUCCGGGCCGCGCUGCGGGGCUGCGGGCGGGACCGACCCGCUCCGAUCCCGGCCCCGAACCGGCGGGACCCGCCACAGCGUCACUCUACGUGCACGUGAGCGCGGGGACUUUGUGCGCGGGGAGCGGGGCUCGGACACGGGGGGUCCCACUCGUGGCACUGCGGGUACAGCCGUGGCCGUUCUGCCGCAAGCACUGCGCGUACUGCAGCUUCAACAAGUACGUGGUGCCGGCCGUGGACGAGGCGGCCGUGCGUGCCUGCCUGGUGCGGGAGGCGCAAACCCUGCUGCGCAUCGGCCGCGUGCGGAGGUUGGUUCCCGCAUUGGGGCCGUGGGGACACAGCGCCCUUCAGCAGCCGCCUGCAGCUCCCCCUCCCCGCAGCGUCAGCUCCGUGUUCUUCGGCGGGGGCACCCCCAGCCUGGCCGCCCCGCGCACCAUCGCGGCCGUGCUGGAGGCGGCUGCGGCGGUCGCUCAUCUCCCGGCUGGAGCCGAGGUGACGCUGGAGGCCAAUCCCAGCUCCGCUGACCCGGCGCGUCUCGCUGCCUUCAGGGCGGCCGGCAUCAACCGCCUGUCCCUCGGCGUCCAGUCACUGGACGAUGCUGAGCUGCGGCUGCUGGGCCGGGACCACACGGCGGCGGAGGCGCGUGCGGCGGUGGAUGCGGCUCGGCAGCUGUUCCCCGGCCGCACCUCCCUCGAUCUCAUUUUCGGGCUCCCGGGGCAGAGCCUGCAGGGCUGGGAGCGCGGCCUGGAGGCGGCGCUGGGGCUGUGCGACCACCACCUGGCGCUGUACCAGCUGACGCUGGAGCGGGGCACGAAGCUGGAGGCUCAUGUGCGGCGGGGGGUCCUGCCUGAGCCCCCCGAGGAGCUGCUGGCCGACAUGUACCUGAGCGCCCGCACCGCGAUGGCGGCCGCCGGCUUCCACCAGUACGAGGUGUCCAACUUUGCCCGGCAGGGCGCCCACAGCGCACACAACGUGUCCUACUGGCGGGCAGAGCAGUACGUGGGUGUGGGGCCGGGGGCUCACGGCCGCUUCGUGCCGUGGGGUGAGGGCGGCCGCGUGCGGGAGGCACGUGUACAGACACCGCACCCUGACACGUGGAUGCGGGAGGUGCGGAGCUGCGGGCACGGCACCCGGCGGAGAGCAGCGCUGAGCCCGCUGGAGCAGCUGCAGGAGCUGCUGGCGCUGGGGCUGCGCACGGCUGAGGGCGUCACGCAUCAGCGAUGGGGGGUUUUCUCCCCACGGCUGAGCCUGGACGCCGCGUUCGGGGCGUCGGGGGAAGCGGCAGAACUGCAGGAGAACGGCUGGGUGCGGCUGGACGGACGGUCUCUGCGCUGUUCCCCUGCCGGGCUGCCCGUGCUGGACUCGCUGCUGCCCGCUCUGCUGCGGCAACUGCGGCACCGCUGGGAGCAGAUGGAGCAGGACGGCGGGGGACGGAGCGCGGGAUGAGCCGCGCGAGCCGCCGGAGCCGGCCCGGCCCGAACCCGAGGAGCCGCGUCCCGCGCUGUGUCCGCUGCGGGUCCGGGAUGUGCGAGAACUGGC